AUUUUUUUAGCUUCGUGUAUUAUUUUUUUUAUAUUUCAUUCGAUACAAACCGUUCAAAAUGUCUCGAUACGACGUCACGCUUAAUUCUAUGGAAGAAACCAGAUUCAUAGCUCUUCACCAAGCGAUGGCCGUAGCUUUCAGCAAGCAAUACCGCUUUUCAUACGAAGAGGUAAUAUCGCUCCUGUUGAUGUACUACAAAAUGCAAAAAUUCGAAAACUACGACCCCAAAGGCAUAACCAGAGAUCAAUUCAUGGAAUUGUGCCACUGCGCUCUGGACUUGACCAACAUCGAUUCGCUCACCAGGAUCGUGGCGUGCUUGGACGACAAAACGAGGGAUCUGUACAUCUCGAAGGAGUUCUUCAUUAAAGCCAUGUCGCUGCUGCUGAGAGGCACCAUGGAAGAGAAGAUGGCGUUCUGUUUCAAAGUGUACGAUGCCGCGCAGGCCGGGGUAUUGGCCAAAGAGAACGUCUUCAAAUUGUUGAGGACGGCCAUAAAGAGCGCCAGCGGGGAGUCGGACGCUGAAGAAAUGGCUAAAGAUAUGGUGGAGGUCGUACUGAAGAAACUAGACCUCGAUAGAGACGGGAAAAUUUCCUUUAACGAUUACAGAUUCAACGUUUUGAAGCAACCGUUGCUGCUGGAAUUCCUGGGACAGUGCUUUCCUACCAAACAUACAGUGCACAAAUUCAUGGCAACUUUCACGGAAAACACGAGAAUCCGGAAUUAUAGAUCCAAAGGUAUUAGUAUAAUGUGAUGUAGAUAUGUACCGAAAUUAAUUAGUAAAACUCUUUAUUCAAACAUGUAUAUUACUAAACAUUAAAAAAUCAGCUGUAUAAAAUUUCGAAUUUGCCGUGGCAAAACUAAAGUUCGCUCUCUUCGAUCUGAAAGUCAAGAAACAUUUCCAUCGUUCCUCUGUAUCCAUACAUUGCUCGGGAGUUUCUUGGCCGACUCUCUUAUCAAAUCAGCGAACUGGCGCUAUCUUUGAAACAGAUAUUCCCAGUAGAACUACAUCAGAAGCACCUUAAUUAACGUGCGGAUUUGUUUUUUUUUUGUUAUGAGUUAAAGAUAAAUUACUUAG